AUGGAAGACUCGGAGCAUUCGCUUAAGCGACUCGAAAGAAUCAGUCCCGAAGCGAAGUGGUCUCACUUUGACCCAGUCAGUGAGGCAGUCACUAUAACGAACGCUAUUUGGGAUUUCCGGGGGAAAGGAGGGUCAUCGCCCAUAUCUGAUUCAUCUCGCAUGGCCCUAGCCUUGACUGAGGCGUGUUGCGCACAGGGUUCAGGAAAGGUAUUCUUGGUUCAUCCACAUCGUGCUGCACCUUUGCGGAAUGAAAAGGCAUUGAUUGAAGCGAGGGUCGCUCUAUCUAGAGUUCCGAGUCUGUUCUACAUUCACACGACGUGGUCCGAUGGGGAAAGAUUGAGGUGGAACUCGAUGAAGCCUAUUGACCGCCUUGCAGCUCUAACCAGUCGCUAUGGGAUGGUUCCACAACACAUGAGUGUCUUACCUCUGGACGUCGAGCUGGCCUCUGACGUGAGCCAGGUUCCGACCUUGAACGGGUUGAAAACUGGAUCUGUCACCAUCUUGCUCACUUCAGCAGCCUACAUUGGACCAACUUUGGCCAUGAGAAGAGAAUGUGGUGAAGUCAAUGCGGGGAGUCUAAGUUUCCAGUGUUUGUCUGGGUGGGCCAGCUUCGAUCAGUGGCGUCAGACAAAUGGCCUCGCUGGAGUUGUCAGAAGGCUAGAAGACUUGUACCACGACGUCAACAGUAAGCUCUGCUUCUUCGUUGAGUUACAAAGAAGACUCGUCCUGGCCAAUAUGAAAGCAGCUAGCGAGGGAGAAGCGUAUCAUCUCGUUCAAAAGGAGCUACAUGUGUCAGAAGAAGAAGCUGAUGAGGACGGUGGUGACUGA